ACGUGGCCUCUGUCGCGUCCCUAGCAGAGGCAAGAUGGCGGCCCUGGGGAGCCGCAGCUGCAGGAUUUGAAUCACUUUAGUUUUAGCAACUGCAUCCCAAACCAUGGCGUCUCCGGCUUUGUGUGAUUCACGUCCGAGCCCAGAUGAGCUUGCUGGAGAACCCUGUUCACAAGAAGAUCAGGAUUGUGAUUCUGAAGAUCGGGCCAGCGACUCGGGUUCAUACUCCUCAGCGAGUAGCGAUUAUGAUGACCUUGAGCCUGAAUGGCUGGACAGUGUGCAGAAAAAUGGAGAGCUAUUUUAUUUGGAACUGAGUGAGGAUGAAGAAGAAAGCCUCCUUCCCGAGACACCAACUGUGAACCAUGUCAGGUUCAGUGAAAAUGAGAUUAUCAUCGAAGAGGAUGAUUAUAAAGAGAGAAAAAAACAUGAACCCAAAUUCAAGCAGUUUACCAAAAUUUUAAAAAGUAAAAGACUUUUACCUAAGCGCUACAAUAAAAAAAAAAGCAAUGACAAUGGGCCAGUAUCCAUUUUAAAGCACCAGUCCAAUCAGAAGACAGGAGUCAUUGUCCAGCAGCGGUAUAAAGAUGUGACUGUUUAUGUAAACCCCAAAAAGCUAACUGUUAACAAAGCCAAAGAGCACCUCAAGCUUCUGGAAGUACUGGUUGGAAUUAUUCACCAGACAAAGUGGAGCUGGAAAAGAACAAAGCAGGGUGAUGGAGAGAGGCUUGUGGUCCACGGCCUGCUGCCAGGAGGAUCUGCUAUGAAGAGUGGUCAAAUACUAAUUGGUGAUGUCCUUGUGGCUGUGAAUGAUGUUGAUGUAACCACUGAGAACAUAGAGAGAGUUCUGUCUUGUAUUCCUGGACCUAUGCAGGUAAAACUGACAUUUGAAAAUGCAUAUGCUGUGAAAAAGGAGACAACCCAACCAAGAGAGAAAAAGGCACCAUCAAACACAAGUGAUUUAGUCAAACUUCUAUGGGGAGAAGAGGAUGAAGGUGUCCAGCAGAACAUCCUAGACACUCCUCAUAUUAUUAUGUAUCUUACACUACAACUUGACUCAGAAACAUUGAAAGAAGAGCAGGAAAUUCUUUAUCAUUAUCCAAAGUCUGAAGCUUCUCAAAAACUUAAAAGUGUGAGAGGGAUUUUUCUCACACUUUGUGACAUGCUGGAAAAUGUAACUGGGACACAAGUUACUAGUUCAUCUCUCCUUUUAAAUGGGAAACAAGUUCAUGUGGCUUAUUGGAAGGAAUCUGACAAGUUAUUGUUAAUUGGCCUGCCUACUGAAGAAGUUCCUCUGCCUUGGCUAAGGAAUAUGAUAAAAGAUGUUGCCCAAACCUUAAAAUUUAUGUAUGGUUCUUUAGAUAGUGCCUUUUGCCAGGUUGAGAAUGUUCCUCGUUUGGAUCAUUUUUUUAACUUGUUCUUUCAAAGAGCACUUCAGCCUGCUAACUUAGAUUGCAGCAGCAGUCUCAGUGCUCAGCAGUAUGACGCUUCCAGUGCGGUACUUUUAGACAACCUCCCUGGAGUUCGGUGGCUCACACUUCCAGCAGAAAUCAAGGUGGAAUUAGACACAACAUUAAGUGACUUGGAGGCUGCAGAUUUUGCAGAACUGUCUGAAGAUUAUUAUGACAUGAGGCGACUGUAUACAAUUGUGGGGUCUUCUCUAUUUUACAAGGGUUAUUUGAUAUGCAGCCAUUUGCCUAAGGAUGAUCUCGUUGAUAUUGCUGUAUACUGUCGCCACUAUUGCUUGCUGCCUUUAGCAGCAAAACAAAGAAUCGGUCAGUUGAUAAUAUGGCGAGAAGUGUUUCCUCAAUAUCACCUCCAACCUUCUGCAGACUCAAACACUGAAGUCUUUCAGGAACCUGAAGGGAGAUAUUUUUUGUUAAUUGUUGGAUUGAGACAUUAUAUGUUAUGCGUACUGUUAGAAGCUGGAGGCUGCGCAUCCAAAGCUGUUGGGAAUCCUGGACCAGACUGUAUAUACGUGGAUCAGGUCAAAACAACUCUUUAUCAGCUGGAAAAAGUAGUUUCUCGCAUAGAUGAAAGGCUAGCAUCUUCUCCAAACCCCUGUUUGUCUUGUGCUGACUGGUUCCUUGCUGGAUCACAUGAAAAAAUAGAUAAUUUGACCACUUCACCUAUUCUCAGUAGGCUACCAGGUGCUUCUAAAGUAGCAACCUCCCCUACAUGCAGAAGAACCCUUUUUGGUGACUAUUCCUUAAGGACACGUAAGCCCAGUCCUUCCCGAAGCAGUGGAGUGUCUGACAAUGGUUGUGAAGGCGGAGAAGGUAUUGGCCUUACCCUCCAUACCACACCGGAUAUAGUACGGAAGCAAAGAGAAUCUCAGGGCUCUGAUGGUUCAGAAGUAAGUGGUGCCUUGUUUAAGGUCACUAAAAAGAAGUCUCCUCUUCCAAAUCCAUUUCAUUUGGUAAACUUGAAAAAGGACCUUCCAGAAAAAGAACUGGAAAUACAUAGCACAAUGAAAUUGACAUCUGGUCCUGAGAACACACUUUUCCACUAUGUUGCCUUGGAAACAGUGCAAGGAAUCUUUAUUACUCCUACCCAUGAAGAGGUGGCACAGCUAAGUGGCUCUAUUCACCCUCAGCUAAUAAAGAAUUUCCAUCAAUGUUGUCUUUCCAUUCGCACAAUUUUCCAGCACACAGUUAUGGAAAAGAAAAAGAAAGCACUUAAUGGUGAAGGCCAUUCAGAUUCGGCAAAUUCUUUUAACUGUGUGAAAGAACAUGGUGUGUUGUUUGAAUGCUCACCUGAAAACUGGACUGAUCAGAAAAAAGCACCACCAGUUAUGGCUUACUGGGUAGUAGGGAGACUUUUUCUUCAUCCAAAACCUCAAGAGCUUUAUGUCUGUUUUCAUGACUCCGUAACAGAAGUUGCCAUUGAAAUGGCUUUUAAAUUGUUCUUUGGGUUAACCUUGUAGCUGUGUUUUGUUGAAGUACAGAAACACAUGCGUAGAACAUAAACAAAAUUCCUGUUGGAAUCAUUAGAAUUGCCAAGAUCAAAACACAGAGAAAUAGGAUUUAGCUUUCUUUUCACCUUUCAAUAUUGAACAUAAUAAUAUUGUUAAAUACAUGUAUUGAGAUGAAAUGCUGGUGGAAUUCAAUCAUAAUGUAGUAUCAUUAGACUUUUGAGAAGAUACGUGAUCAAAAUAUGAAAGGGGAUUCUUAACUUAUUGCUAUUUUGCUGUAUAGUGUUAAUUUAUUGACUAGUUUGAAAUAGUAAGAAGUGUUUAUGUAAAAUUAAUAUAGGAAGUGUUUAUUUUGGGAAAAU